CUCCGUCACGUGACUGAACCAGGAAGUGAACCCCUAGCCGAAAUUCUAAGAGGUGAAAGAUCCCUUUUUUCUUUUUUUUUUAGAAGACUGUUAUCGAACUCACUGAUUGUACAAGGUGCACCGCUUUGAUGAAAUGUGAUCGCUCGUUAUAUUGUCUUAUUACAGUUAUAUAUUAGUGUUCGGCUGUAAUGGAGUACAUGGCAGGUUGUCCAGUUAAUGAACAUUCGGCUGCAGGAGCGUGGGAAAAAUAGACACCAUAUGCCAGCUCUUACAAUGUCAGAGAUCGAGGACUGUCAAAGACGCUUUCAGGCGGCUGUCGACGUCAUUCAAAGCCUACCCAAAAAUGGUUCCUACAGACCCUCUUAUGAAGUGAUGCUGCGGUUUUAUGGUCUAUACAAACAGGCAGUCUGUGGCCCAUGUACAGCAUCACGGCCCGGAUUCUGGGACCCUGUAGGCCGUUACAAAUGGGAUGCUUGGAACCAGCUUGGAGACAUGAGUCAGGAGAAUGCCAUGGCUGCUUAUGUGAAUGAAAUGAAGAAAGUUGCACAAGAGGUCAUAGACACCAUGCAAAUCAAUGAGAAGACUGCAUCCUUUUUCCACUAUUUUGAACCACUCUAUCAUGUCAUUCAUGAUAUGCCCAGACCUCCAGAGGCACUUUUAUCUCUCAGAUCAGAUGUAAAUUCCAAAGAGGCAACUGAUGGUUGGGCGGAUCAUGAACUGGAGAGGGCAACUCAAGAACCAGCUCUUCAACUGGAGGACACAGGGAUGGUCCCUGAAAGUGAACGUCAAGCUGAGAGCACAGAGACACCUGAGGUUCAGGGGCCGACUAGUGACUCAGAAAGUGAAAUCUUCUGUGACUCAUUGGAACAGCUGGACACUGUUAAGCCUGCUGCAAUGCCAGAUGGUAAUGCCAGAUCCCAGAAUGACCUUGCACACAUUGAGACCUCUGGAAUCCAGGAGAAUUAUUACAGCCCUCUCUCUCAGGUGACUCAGAUCGGUGCUGGACAUGGUGGUGAGGGGGCAGAAGAUAGGCAUGGUCCUUCCAAGAGGAGGAGAACCACCGGGAGAGAGGGGAUGCAGCAGGGCUGGAGGGACCCCUCCGGUUAUAUGGCUGCCCGCAAUGCUAGGUGGGCGGAGCAGCUUGCCUCAGGUGCUGGUUCAGGGCAAGGGGGCAGAGACGAUUCUAAGGGUGGGCCUGACAGGUUACAGAACAGCCAGGUGCAGCAGCAGAUUAUUCUAGCCUUACAGCAACUCAGAGAGGACAUGCAGAGCGUCAUGCAACGACUAGAGGUGGUUGAAGACCUUGCAACUGCAAAUGCUCAAAGUUCACAGCGGAGAUUCCAUUUACACUUGACAGCUGCAGAAACUGAGGAGAAAUGGCGGCCAUUUGACAUCUCUGGACGUACAUUACUGUUGUUGUUAGUGUGGCCUUUUGUGACUCAGGCACUGAUGUUUCUACUGAGACGGAGGAAGAGAAAUAUUAAUGUGUGCUUAUGAAUUUACUGUACUGAGUUCAAAUGAAUGUAGAAGUCACAAUGAUAACUAAUUAAUUGUGACCUAGCGUUCAGUGCUUCAAAUGUAGCACUUUGUUAGCAUGAGGUGAAGAGAGGAAAUGUUCUAAUCUCAUAUCUCUGAAAUCUGACGAUUUAAUCUUGCAUGAACAAGAUGAAUGCAGUUCUUACAGACAUCCUGGAGUUAAUUAUUUAAUUUAAUGUCCAUGAUGUGUUCCAUUGUAAUUCUGGUUAAACGUAGCCAUGUGCAGAGACUUUGUCAGUAAUGUAUAAUAUACAUACUAUCGUAUUUUGAAAAUACGUCAUGUUUAUUAGUAUCUCUGUGCUGAUGGUUGAAAUUGACCUUGUAAAUGCCAGCACCACAACAAAGGAUUACAGUCCUGCUGAUCUUACUUGUAGGAUGUUGCAGGAUGCCAGGCACUUUGUAGAACUGACUAAAAAAAAAUGUAUGCAAUCAAAAAAAGCCUUAAAUAACUACAGGGGCCUUCACACGGGGAACAUGCACAAGCUAUCACUCUGAUAUGAGAAAAAGAACCAGCAACAGCAUAUUCUGACUAUGUUCUAUAAUGAAAGAAUACACAUAAACAAAACAAAUGGAUUUAAUAUAAUGGUCAUCCACUUGUUACUUUUAUUAAAUAUGCAAUUUUAAAGCAGUUGUUCACAGACAGAACUUAUUUGCUGGGCUGUUUACUUUGUGUAACUGCAACGAAUUUGUUUGAAUGAGUAUAGAUUCAUUUAGUAAUAUCUAGGGGAGUAAAUUAAACCAAAUCCAUCUCUUCAGGAACAACUAUCGUUUCAUAUUAGAUGCAUUCAUCUAGGUAAAACUCACGUACAGACCCAUCGACUCGGUGGAAUUAAACCAAGUAUCGGGACUCAUCGAUUCUUUCUGUGAUUGCUGUCGUCCACAAAAACACAAUCAUGAUAUCACCAGUUCUUUCUGGCCCUUAAAAGUCUGUGUUUUGCAAAUGCCUUCAGUAAUUAUAUGACCAUUUUUAGCACUACUGAUUUAGAUGGCAAGUUGAGUGCUAUGCUAUGUUAGGAAUUAUGCUUUUACUCUUUGUCGACAAAACGGCAGUCUUUAAGAAUACGAAUGUUAAAAACUUAAUGUAAAAAAAAUGAUAUCGAACAGGCCGUGUGUUUUGUUUUGUUUCGCAUUGGUUCGUUUAGAGGCAGCAAGCUAACUUCCCUAGCACGACUUAAUUUCUGGGCGAGCCAGGCAACGGGUUUUAAUUUUUCAAGCAUUUCCAUUUAUAAAUGAGAAGAGACGCUGCAUUGCUGUCUUCUAAAACGACUUAUCUGAAAAUAGCGUGAAGGCGUAACGUUAAACCUAAUAAUUUCUCUAAUACAAGAAAGCUUUGUCAACUAGCUUGUCACUAAAUCCAACUAUCCAAAAUAUCUAGCAGAGACUGCAGGAAAUUCCGAGUAUUUAAAUGCCUAUGUGAAAUACAUGUAAAAUGGUUUACAUGGCUAGUUUUAACCAGUUUGCUUGUGCUAUCUUAUUCACCUUAAUCUAGACUCCAUUAUCCAGGUAGCUGGCUAGCGAACAAUCAGGUUGCUAACAAUCGCUUCUCCGUUUAAUCGUUUGAGCUCAAUGCAAGAAACAACCUAAGGACGUGUUUUGUUUUUUUACUUUAUGUUGCGACAUUUCACUUUAACAAGGGAAAACAGUUCAGUCGUUAUAAACUGCAAGUUCGUCAUCAUCAUGGAUAAAAACGUUACAAUUCACUUUCCACGAAGAACAUACUGCUUGAAACAAGAACUACUUUUUGCUUGAGGGGUGAUCAAUCCUCACAAGGGCUCAGGGUGUGUGUUUAAAUGUUAGGGUAGAGAUGCAAAGUAACCAAACGCGAUAUUGUAUACUACAACCUGUGCUUUGUAAAUAUAUUGCGGCAUCAACAUAAUUUUUAGAGUUAUUUCUUUGUAAAUAGGUGAACGUUUAAUGCAUCGUAGUAUGG